UUUCUUGGCUCUCAAGAAAAUGAUUUAUGAAAAAUUCCCGACCGACCCUUGCUCCUGUAUUAUGCCUCUCCUCCUCCUCCACUCCCUCACCCGAACCCUCUUUUGCCUUCACCUUUCUUGCAGGCCAAACCAGGAAUUUGUUUAAGGGAGAACAGAGUAAAGUAUUGGUGCUAUAGUCUAGAACCACCAUUGUGUUUAGAUUUAUUCUCUUUUCCAGUAAAUGGGCUGCUUUCAUUCUAAAGUAACAAGAGAAUACGCAGAACACGAAGACCCCAUUGUACUCGCUUCACAAACUGCCUUUAGUGUUAGUGAAGUUGAAGCACUAUUUGAGCUAUUCAAGAGCAUCAGCAGUUCUGUGAUUGAUGAUGGGCUGAUUAACAAGGAAGAGUUUCAGUUAGCUCUGUUUAUGAAUAGGAAGAAGGAAAACAUUUUUGCAAAUCGGAUCUUUGCUUUAUUCGAUGCUAAGAAGAAGGGAGUCAUUGAUUUUGGUGACUUUGUUCGAGCACUCAACAUCUUCCAUCCAAAUGCCUCUCAAGAGGUCAAGACUGAUUUUGCAUUUAAACUUUAUGACAUGGACGGAACUGGUUUUAUUGAGCGUAAUGAGGUCAAGCUAAUGCUGAUUGCACUUUUAGGUGAAUCUGAAAUGAAUUUAGCUGAUGAAAUUAUUGAGGCUAUUCUUGAUAAGACAUUCUUGGAUGCCGACAUUAAUAAUGAUGGAAAGAUAGACAUAUUUGAAUGGCGAAACUUUGUGGCGCGUAAUCCUUCUUUGCUAAAAAUCAUGACUCUCCCAUAUCUCAGGGACAUAACAACAACAUUUCCAAGCUUUGUUUUCAAUUCCAAAGUAGACGAGGUUGCUACAUGAUUAGGGAAUAUGUGCUCGGUUUCAAUUCCGAAGUCGACUAGGUUGCUCCAUGAUUAGGUAGUAUGUGCUCUCGGUUUAGCGUGCAUCGAGUCUCUACAAUUUUUGUAUGAUAUGUUGACAUUGUGCGUCUCUAUGUGAAUAAAGUAAAAGCCUAGGUUUUGUUUUAAGGAAAAAAAGGUAUCUAGUUUGCGAAGUGCAAGAACUAAAGCUUAAAUAUAUGGUUAGGAUUGGUAGUUUUAUACUAAAUUGUAUAGGCGUUCUAGUUCACCUCCUCGGGUCUUCUCCAUCUGUAAUAUUUGAU